GGGCCGUGGCGGAGCUUGGCGCGCGAACCUCCUGCCCUGGCGGGAGCCUGAGUUGAGAGGUGGUGGUGGUGGUUGAGUUCCAGGAGGGUUACAAGGCGAAGAGGCGGGACAGCAAUGCAGGUCCCUGCAGAGGACGCGAGUAUUGCAGGGGGCCAGGAAGAUGAGUCUGAUGGCAGCGGAAUCGUCGAUGGGCAGAGUGGGGCCGCAAACCAGGCUGGCGGAGGCUCAGCAGGUGUCUCUGAAGACGUGGGCACUAACGCGACGGGAGUUUCGCCGCUUCUUCUUGUUGCUGAUGGCACAGGGCAAAUUAUGCUCGUGUGUACUCAUCCGGAGAUGCAACGGCACGAAUUCACCCUCAGGGUCUCCUUCGAGUCUCCCUUAGAAGCGGAGGUCGCCGAAAGAUACCUGGCUCUUUUUAAUGAACACCCCGACUUUUACAGGGAGCUCAUCAUCAAUGGCAACCUUCUGGCUGUGAGGUGGAUUGCUCAGGACCCUGGCCACCUCUACACAGUCUUCGACUCCUUCCUUAAGGACCUUUCCCUGGUCUUCCACAUCAUGCACUUCUUGGGGCCUCAGUAUCCCUUCCCAUCUUAG